AUGACACGUGUUAUGUGUAUCGUGAUUUAUCUUUAUUGUUGUCUAAAAUUAGUAACAGCUAACUACAAAUUUACAUACCACAUGGCCUUACGUUGUAAAGAGCAUGUUUGUCAACAUGGGUACAGCUAUGAAACAUACUAUCGUGUGGAUUCAGCGGAUCGUCGGCGCCUAAAGUCUGAACCUAAUGUGGCCUUUGAGAUGCAUUUAGCUAUUUUAGCAGCUAGCAAUGGGCACAUUUUACUUUCAACCGUACCUCAACCAACUGCAAGUGAUCCUGUCUAUGAAAUUGUUAUUGGAGGAGGCGGUAACAAGUUCACGGAACUACGUCGCAAUUUAAGAAGAAAUGCUAGAGCGUCUUCUAAAACUAUCGGAAUUCUGUCACCCAUCGAGUUCCGAGCGUUUUACAUUAAAAUUUCUGACGAUGGCUUGAUUGAAUUUGGAAAGGAGGAUGAAGCUCUACCUCUGCUAAGUUACUAUGACGUAAAUCCGCUUCCAAUUAAAUAUUUUAGUUUUGCCGCAUGGAAUGGCGUUGAAGCUAAAUUUUUAUAUGACUGUCCAACGCCAGGGGAUAAUGAAACUGAUGUUUCGACUUCUGAAUCCGAAGUAGUGGAACACUCAUUAUCGAAUUCCGACAUUUUGAAGAAGACAUUAUUAAUGGGAAGAAUGCCACAAUUACCACCAGCUCAGGCGGUCAAUGUAAAGCUAGGUGUUAAAGUCACAAGCAUAUUGUAUAACGCCUUCGAUUCUAAACUUACCACAGGAUUAGCUGUUUACACGAGUUGGACGGAUGACAGUAUGGCUUGGAAUCCGAGCAAAUUUAAUGGAACUACGAGUCUAACAUUUCGUCAGGGACAAAUUUGGAGGCCGACGUUCUUCGUUUUUAAUUCUAAUGAGUUGGGUAUGCUGGACACAAAAAACCCAGACCUCAUCUGGAUGGUGUAUAGUGGUGAAGCCAUUUUCCAUUUUCAAACAACAAUAAAUACGUGGUGCUUUGACUACACUGAUACUUUAAAUAGAUGGCCUCGUGACGAGUACCAAUGCUCUAUAGUGAUUCAACCGUGGGAAACGCAUGAAAAAAUAUUUCUAUCAGUUCCAAAGAAAGAACAAAUGAACGCCUUCACAGUCAUAGACGAGGUGAUACAAAAUGAAUGGGAUAUGGAUAUCAAACAGUAUGUUGUAUCAGCUUCCUCGUGGGGCAAAAUUUAUACAAGUUCCAAUAAUAGUGAAACUCAAAGCGACAGGCUAGUGAUUAAAAUGACUUUGCAAAGGCGAGCUUCGUCAUACAACAUUGUGUUUUAUACGCCGCUGUUUGUGCUAAUAAUAUUUCUGCUUAUGUCAUUUUGGACUGAUUCGCUCAAAAUGGACAGAGUAUGGUUUUAUGCAGGGUGUACGAUUGUCAUUUGCAUGGGGCUUUGCUACAUAGACAAUUUAAUACCUUGUCACACUAUUCCUUCAAUAUUGAUUCUUUAUACAUCGGUUCUUGUCGGUAUACUGUUUGCAUUGAUAUUAAAUGUAUUGAUGAUGACAUCGAUAGCGGAAAAAAUAUGCAAGAAACAGUUUGUAAAUACUAUCUUGAUCCACGGUUGGUUUAGAGGAAUAUUCUGUUUGCCCGUUAUAAAGACUUGUAGAAUCUACGAAUCUUUUGGAGAAAGAAGUUUGACGGCGGAGGAAGGUGAUGAUUCAGGAGCAGAUACCAUUCCAAGAUUAGGCAACAUUGAACAAAUGCAAGCUGAUAAUAAUCAAUAUGAUGAAAGGCGAGAAGUAGCUGAAGUAUUAGACAAGAUUAUGUUUAUUGUAUAUUCUUUAGUUUUCGCUGUUAUGCUAGUUUUACAUUUUUAA